UUCUUUUAUUAUUACAGGGAGUCAUUUGAUUUGACCGACUGCUGGAUGAUGGCGAAACAGCGAGUGGGAGGUGGAAGACGGGAUUACAAUGACUCGCCGUCGCUGUUGACUCGGGCCGUGAACUCAGUCUUCGCUUUCGUCCGGCUAGCUGAGUUCGAAAUCCUCUUCGUCCUAUUCUUCAUCAUCGCUUAUCUCAUCUUCAAAGAUCUUACCUCAAGACCCGAAUACAAUCAAAUCCUUGUGAAGAAGCCUGGUGGACCUGAUUGGUGGCCUUACUAGUACGCAACAAGCAGUGGAGUUUUCUCUGUCCUUGCUAGGCAGAAUGUGUUCAUAGGGUGCCCACUGCCUGUGUGCGUCCAGUUCUGAUGAUAAGGACCUUCUUUGUAUUUUAUGCCUAAUAUACAUGUGAAGAGUAGGGGAAGGACUGUUAGCUGACAAAGCUUGAGUUCUGAGAGAGGAAGUUCUUUUGAUUGCAGAAUCUGCAUUGAAAGUUGUAGAGUCACCUGUUUCACACUGGAUGUGUCUUUUUGUGUUCCUAAUUUGCUCAAUCGUUAUUUGAGUCUGUCAUACGUUUUCAACAACUCUUGACAAUCUCCUCUAAUAUCCGAAUUUGAGAAAGCAUGAAAUGAUAAUUGAAGAGGUUUCAAGAGUGUAA